GACACACACUCACACACACACACACUCUCUCUCUCUCUCUCAAUGGCAGUUAGUACAAAUAAUCGGCAUGGAUUUGAAGAAGGCAGUAUUGCGUUAUAAGAGGUAUAGAGGGAUGAAAGGGAAGGGAAAUGUGGCACUUAAAAUAUAAUAUCAAAAUUAAAAUGAAAGGAAAAAGAAAAACAUAUUCUUUAUUAAUGUACCCUAGAUAUUAUUCAAAAAUCUAGUAUUCUUAUGCCAAAGAACAGUUUGCCUGUUUUCUGGUUUUAUUUUGAAAUUCUCAGAUGCAAGCACUGAGCAGGGGGCACAGGCCAUCCUCAUGACUGUAAUUUACCUUGCUCUACAGAAAAUCCUUCAAUAGUUUCGCUCCAUAUCCUGGUCCAAGGAAAACUUAAGUUGCCCUUUCUAACCUCAAAACUGACCAUAGCCAUUCUCCUCCUCCACCCAACGUCACACUUUCCCACUUCCCACACCUUUUUAAAGGUCGUGCCUUUUAUCUGUAUCAGGAACAUUCUGCAAGCUAUCCUACAAGCCUGAAAUGUUCCGGUCUGUAUUUUGUUUCACAUGGCUAAUUUUUGUAACUAUUCACUUUUCCUAAUCAUCUAAAAUAAUUAUGUCCUUAAAGAAGCCAUGCUUGAACCUGCAUUGCUGUAAUAGUCUACCCUCUCUAUUGUGCUUCAUAAAGCCUGGUGGCUAAAUGUUUGGAGGGUCAAAGGUUCUCAUUUAGCCAGGUUUAAUUUGAAAAGGCAACAUAGAGAAGAGGUAUUAACACAACAGUACAUACAUCAACACGGUACUGGUGUAGUCAUAGACAAACAGGCCCACUGAAAUGGAGGUCAUAACCCGAUUAUGUAUAUAAAUGGGAAUAUAACGUAUGGUAAUAAUAUCUCACACCGUGGAAAUGAUAGGCUUCUGAGGGGCAGGCUGGAGGAAAACUAAUUCAGCAGCUGGAGAUAAAAAGGAGGCUGAUUGCUCUGAAACCACUCCUGAGAGUAGUAAGACUAGACUCAUCUACUAAGAGAGAGAGCUGAAAGAGCAAUAGUUAAAGCUCACCAGGGAGAAUGCUCCUCCGGGGCAGGGCAAUGGAAAGAUAGCGCAAUGGAAAGACUGCGAAAUGCCAGACUAGAAGGCACAAAAAGAUACAAGUUUGUAGAAAUGUAUCAUUAUCACUGCCAGCUGAAACAGUUUCUCUUCCUUAGGCUUCUUUCCUACUGAAAGUGGAACAAAUAGCCUUUAACAUUUUUUUUUCAUUGUUUCAGAUAUUAUGCUAAGUCAAGAAUCAUAAAAGGGAAUGAAUUUACCCAGCAUAUUUGGAGGUAAGAAAGAUUAGAAAACUAAAAGAAAAAUUGAACUUCUACGUUUAGAAACCGAAAGACUAGUAAAGCCAUUGUCUAGGCUGUCAAUGAGAAAAUGGAAUGUGAGCAAUCGGGAAUGUUACUCUGUGCAAACGGAGGAACACUAACGGCAAACGGGGUCUUGAAAAAUCAACAUAUGCCGGGCAUUGGUGGCCCACGCCUUUAAUCCCAGCACUUGGGAGGCAGAGGCAGGCAGAUUUCUGAGUUCGAGACCAGCCUGGUUUACAGAGUGAGCUCCCUCACCCACCAAAAAAGAAAGACCAACAUAUGUUGGAAAUUGUAAGGUAAAAACAUGCCAAAUACUUAAAUGUUCGUGCUGGCAGUAGUUAGCCUUCUCCAACUUGUACUGUUGACUGCAGUAGUCAAAUUUCUAUCUUUGAAAAAAGGUCUAAGGAAAACGAAGUGAUGAGGAGGUACAGACUGAAUAACAAAGGCUAAGGAAGAAAAGCUUGGGGGGGGGGGCGGGGCGGGGUGUGACUGACUGUUGAUUGGCUGCUGACUGGUAACAAGCUCUGUGCAGUGGAAGGAGGGAGGGACCGCUAUCACUCAGUGGUCUUAGUCUUUCAGAAUACAGCUAGUCCUUACUACUUACAGAUUCUAUAGUCAUGAGUUUUCUCACUCUUUAGACUCUCUGUAACCCCCAAACCCAAUACUUGUGGCGGUUUUAUAGUUCACUGUGGCCAUACGCUGAGCGGCUAACAAUUUAAGUCCAACGCUGCGUAUGUUCUCAGCUGAAGUUGAACAAGGGGAUAUCUUCAUUUUUUUUUUUUUUUCAGUUCUCACAAUGGAAAUAAGGACCCAUUUGGUGGCCCAUUUGGGGUUAUGUUUUACUUUCUUCAUUUAUGAGAUUGUUUUUUCUUGGUGAUUUAAAAUACCCCCGUUCUCCAUACGCAACAGUGGAGUGCUUUCUAUGGUUCCCACAUAUAAGAAGGCCAUGAUGUAUUUUACAGAGAAAAGCACAUGGACUAUACGGGCUUUGUUUAAACAUGUGCUACAGUGCCCGGGAACAGGAGUCAAUAUUGAUUCAUCGACAAUAUUGGGUAUGGUGCCUUUAAACAGAAACACGCGAUUCUCAAUAGUAUAUUAUUUAUACAUUCUAUAUGUAACCUAAAGUUUACCAUUUUAAUAAUUGUAUGUGUACAACUUCAUGGCAUUAGAUGUAUAGUCAAACUGUUCAGUCACCAACUGUUUCAGAACUCUUAUCAUUCCAAACUGAAACUCUGCAUCACUGAGACGUAAUUCUCAAGAUCCCCCUUUGCCUCCUGGCAACCACCAUUCUGCAUUCGGUCACUCCUGGGACUCUAGCAACCUCUAGAAAUGGAAUUCUAAAUAUUUUGUCUUUUCAUAUCUGCGGUAUUUCAGUUAGCUAAAUCAUCUUAAUUAAUAUCUUAAUUCUUCAUUAGCUUAAAUCUAAUUAACGUCUCACUCAUGGCAUCAUAUUUUAGAGCAAACGUCUAGCUUUGUAUUUUAUAACCUUUUUAGUUAAUGCUUAAAGGACACUCCACUCCAGCAUAUUGCAAAUUCUGUCGCAUCAAGACUUUCUUUAUGGUUCACCGACCGUGUCUUUAGACUCGUGGACUACUUUUUCAUUCCAUUUGUCCAUUCCACUAUUUUUUCAUUCCAUUGUGGCCCAUUGCCUACUAGUCUUUGGUAGUCUCCUAAUAAUAUAAUAGAACCAAACUUGCGGGACCACCUAUGAUGUAUAUAGGAUGCUGGUUUGAAUGCUCUUCUUUAGUACAUUGUAAUUUCUUGGAGAAAAGUUGAAACUUUUCUAAAUGAACAGAAUUUAAAAUGUAACAAAACUGUUUUUUUUUUUUUUUUUUUUUUUUUUUUUCUCUUGUAGGUUGGAAAUCAACAAGGUAUCUUUGGUUUGGGGCAUCCAUAGGUCAUUAGACCUUGGCCAAAAAGUCCUGUACUUUGGGAUAAGAACACUAAUCCUCUGGAGGUCUCGGUGGGUUAGAUUAGACCAGUGUGUGUUUACCCAUCGUGUGCACGGGGCAGCACACACAGAAGAUGGUACUGGAGGAUGCUGUGACACCGAGGGCAGGUCGCACAGUGCAGGACCCCUGCAAACACUGCUGGCCGUCUUCUUAUGGAGAGCUCCCAUCUUCUAGGUUCACUCGUGCUGACAAGCACAAUCCUCUCAGAGGACAAGGCCUGGGAGCCCGCGGCCACUCCAUCCUGGUGAAGUAAGACGGCGCUUGUGCUUAUUCACCACGAAGGCCGAUGGAUAAAAGGGGACCGAGGCCUCAACCCUUGCGAUUGGUCAAUCCUCGAUCCACUACUGGAUUUGCCCAGCUCUCACCCGGCCGAACUUGCGUCUCUUCCCAGCAUGCUCCGGGCCGCACCGCGAGACUCGCACUCAUUCUCGCGAGAUUUACCGGCAGCCAUCUUCUUGGGGGUGCUGGAAGCCGGGAAGACCCCCGAACCGUUCCCAUUGAGCCGCCCUUCGUUGUCGCUUUUCUUCACGUCUGCUCUGCCGCGUGGCCACCAACCAAGCACCUAAUCCCAAAGCUGAGAGGAGAGCCCGGGUCGGAGCGCGUUCGGCUCCCCUUCGGGAAGAUUCACUGGGGGAGCGGGGCAGGGGGGAGGGCCCGGCCGGCAAACGGUUGCUGCCUCAGCCCGGGCCAGGGUCCGCCGAGGGGAGAAGCUCCGGGGACCCGGUGGGCGCGUGGCCUGCGGCGGCCCCCGCCGAGGUGCUCGCCGACCCGCGGCUCGCGGGGACCUGCCACCGGCACCUCCCACCGCUGCCCACGCGGACGGCGCGCGGAGGAGGGGGCGGCGGCGGCGACCUGGGCGAGCGCAGGAGCGAGGCCGGCCUCGGGGCCGCGGUGGAUGGUUUCUAAGAUGAUCAUCGAAAACUUCGAGGCGCUCAAGUCCUGGCUCAGCAAGACCCUCGAGCCCAUCUGUGAUGCAGAUCCAUCAGCCCUAGCAAAAUAUGUUUUGGCUCUGGUAAAGAAAGACAAAAGUGAAAAAGAAUUAAAGGCGUUAUGCAUUGAUCAGCUUGAUGUAUUUCUUCAGAAAGAGACACAAAUAUUUGUUGAAAAACUUUUUGAUGCUGUGAAUACAAAGAGUUAUCUACCUCCUCCAGAGCAGCCAUCGUCAGGAAGCCUGAAGGUAGACUUUCUUCAGCACCAAGAAAAAGAUAUAAAAAAAGAAGAGCUCACAAAGGAGGAAGAGCGAGAGAAGAAGUUUUCCAGAAGGUUGAAUCACAGCCCUCCCCAGUCAAGCUCCCGAUACAGAGAUAAUAGAAGCCGUGAUGAGAGGAAAAAAGAUGAUCGUUCUCGAAAAAGAGAUUAUGAUCGAAACCCUCCUCGAAGAGAUUCAUAUAGAGACCGGUAUAACAGAAGGCGAGGGAGAAGUCGCAGUUACAGCAGGAGUCGAAGUCGAAGCUGGAGUAAAGAGAGGCUUCGUGACAGGGAUAGAGAUAGGAGCAGAACGAGGAGCAGAAGCAGGACGCGGAGCAGGGAAAGGGACCUGGUGAAACCUAAAUAUGACCUGGAUAGAACAGAUCCGUUAGAAAAUAAUUAUACACCAGUUUCUUCAGUAUCUAAUAUUUCAUCUGGCCACUAUCCUGUACCUACUUUGAGCAGCACCAUUACCGUCAUUGCUCCUACUCAUCACGGUAAUAACACUACCGAAAGUUGGUCUGAAUUUCAUGAAGACCAGGUGGAUCACAACUCUUAUGUAAGGCCACCAAUGCCAAAGAAACGGUGUAGAGAUUAUGAUGAAAAGGGGUUCUGUAUGAGAGGAGACAUGUGUCCUUUUGAUCAUGGAAGCGACCCAGUAGUUGUAGAAGAUGUGAAUCUGCCAGGCAUGCUGCCUUUCCCAGCUCAGCCACCUGUUGUUGAAGGACCACCUCCUCCCGGGCUGCCUCCACCUCCUCCGAUCCUUACACCGCCACCUGUGAAUCUUAGACCCCCUGUGCCACCUCCCGGUCCAUUACCACCCAGUCUGCCACCUGUCACAGAUGAUAUUUCUUAUUCUUUGGUUUUGACAGGACCUCCUCCUCCACUUCCUCCUUUGCAGCCGUCUGGCAUGGAUGCGCCACCUAACUCUGCGACCAGCUCUGUCCCUACUGUAGUAACAACUGGCAUUCAUCACCAGCCUCCUCCUGCUCCACCCUCUCUCUUUACUGCAGUUUUUGUGUUACCAGAUACAUACGAUACAGAUGGCUACAAUCCUGAAGCCCCAAGCAUAACAAACACUUCCAGACCUAUGUAUAGACACAGAGUCCAUGCACAAAGGCCCAACUUGAUAGGACUAACAUCAGGUGACAUGGAUUUACCACCCAGAGAAAAGCCUCCUAAUAAAAGCAGUAUGAGGAUAGUAGUGGAUUCAGAAUCCAGAAAAAGAACUAUUGGGUCUGGGGAACCUGGAGUUUCUACAAAGAAGACAUGGUUUGAUAAACCAAAUUUUAAUAGGACAAACAGCCCAGGUUUCCAGAAGAAGGUUCAGUUUGGAAAUGAAAAUACUAAACUUGAACUUCGGAAGGUUCCUCCAGAAUUAAAUAACAUCAGCAAACUCAAUGAACAUUUUAGUCGAUUUGGAACAUUGGUUAACUUACAGGUUGCCUAUAAUGGUGAUCCUGAAGGUGCCCUUAUUCAAUUCGCAACUUAUGAAGAAGCAAAGAAAGCAAUCUCAAGUACAGAAGCAGUGUUAAAUAAUCGUUUUAUUAAGGUUUAUUGGCACAGAGAAGGAACUACUCAGCAGUUACAAACUACUUCACCAAAGGUAAUACAGCCUUUAGUCCAGCAGCCCAUUUUACCUGUUGUGAAGCAGUCAGUCAAAGAGCGGCUGGGUCCUGUACCAUCAGCUACAACAGAGCCAGCAGAAGCCCAGAGUGCUACUUCAGAACUUCCCCAGAAUGUAACUAAGUUAUCUGUGAAGGACAGGUUGGGUUUUGUAUCAAAGCCAUCUGUUUCAGCAACUGAAAAGGUGUUGUCUACAUCUACUGGUCUCACAAAAACGGUGUAUAAUCCAGCUGCUUUGAAGGCUGCACAGAAAACCUUAUCAGUUUCUACCCCUGCAGUUGAUAAUAAUGAAGCACAGAAAAAGAAACAGGAGGCACUGAAACUUCAGCAGGAUGUAAGAAAAAGGAAGCAAGAAAUUUUAGAAAAGCACAUUGAAACACAGAAGAUGCUAAUUUCAAAACUAGAGAAAAACAAAACCAUGAAGUCUGAAGAUAAAGCAGAAAUAAUGAAAACAUUGGAGAUUUUGACAAAAAAUAUUACCAAGUUAAAAGAUGAGGUUAAAUCUACAUCUCCUGGACGCUGUCUUCCCAAAAGUAUAAAAACAAAGACUCAGAUGCAGAAAGAAUUGCUUGACACAGAAUUGGAUUUAUAUAAGAAGAUGCAGGCUGGAGAAGAAGUCACUGAACUUAGGAGAAAAUAUACAGAAUUACAGCUGGAAGCUGCUAAAAGAGGAAUUCUUUCAUCUGGCCGAGGUAGAGGAAUUCAUACAAGAGGUCGAGGUACAGCUCACGGCCGGGGCAGGGGUAGAGGCCGAGGCCGAGGUGUGCCUGGGCAUGCUGUAGUGGAUCACCGACCCCGAGCACUGGAGAUUUCUGCAUUUACAGAGAGUGAUAGAGAAGAUCUUCUUCCUCAUUUUGCGCAAUAUGGGGAAAUUGAGGACUGUCAGAUUGAUGACGCUUCACUCCAUGCAAUAAUCACAUUCAAGACAAGAGCAGAAGCAGAAGCAGCUGCAAUUCACGGCGCUCGCUUCAAAGGGCAGGAUUUGAAGCUGGCCUGGAACAAACCAAUAGCUAACAUGUCAGCUGUGGACACUGAAGAAGCUGAACCUGAUGAAGAGGAAUUUCAGGAAGAGUCUUUGGUGGAUGACUCAUUACUUCAAGAUGAUGACGAAGAAGAAGAGGACAAUGAAUCUCGUUCUUGGAGAAGAUGAUUUGACUGAUCAUUGAUCUGCAUAUGCUAGAGCUCUACCUGUGUUUCAUUAGUAUUAUCUAAUGGACUGUUACAUAUUUGUAAAAACAAUUUUUGGUAAAAUAUGAUGACGAUGGAUUUCACAAAUAGAUAAAAGAAGAAAACUACCUUCUGAUCUUGUAUUUUGAAGAUUGAUGUUUGCAUUUUAUUUCAGUAAACAAUUGCUAAAGACAUCUCAAUAGGACAUAUGCAAUGUUUUUAUUACAUACUUCUAUUGAACAUUACAGAAUUCUUUGGGUUAUUUGUAAAUUAAUGAAUAGAUUUGAAUACUUAUGACCCAAUACUUGUUAUAACAUAGAGGAUUUUGUUUUACUCCAAAUAAGGAAUGAAUUUGCAUUUAAAAUCUUAAUGAAUGUUUUCAAAAUGAGUAGAUGACAUAGUAUGCUAACUAACGUCUCCAAGUUAUGUAUUCAUAAUACUGCACAGUAGUAUGCUUAGGCUUUACUAUGUAUUAGCCGUUUGUUGGAUUUGUGUAUGUAUUUUAUCACAUGGGUGUUAAUGAUAAUGGUGUAUGACUGCUUUACAUAUGAGUCCUAUGCAUCUGGAUGCUAAAAAUAAAGUGGAAUGGUCUCUUAAAAGAAAAAAGAAAAGAAAAAAAAAAGCAAUGACAAAAAAAAAUUCAUGACAAUGUUCCUUGAUUUAAAAAAGAAAAAAGAAAAAAGAAAAAGAAAAAAAGAAAAAAAAAGAAAAAAAAGAGAAAAUGAAACAGACCAUUCCAGAUGGUGAUCUGCUUACCCCCUAUCAAAAAGAGUUAUAAUCACUAAAUAAUAAUGGUUACUGGUACCUUUACAAUAAUGUGCAAUCCAAUGUUUAAAAUUUAUACCACUUCAGUUUGGCUUGAUCAUAUAAAUUUUCAACAGAUGUCUUAAAAUUUAAAAGCAGGCUGAUUAGUUUGGAACCAGACUUCAAGUAGCGCUAACAUUUGGUGAAUAAGACAACUUCAUAUUACAUUUUGGAUGUAUGAAAGAAAACUUGACCAUUUGAAGAUGUAUGAAUAAAGAAAUGUACUAUAGAUACUACUUUAGGAAAACCCUGUUUGUAGUCGUGAAAGAUGCCAAAUUGGCAGAGGCUCACGUUUCUUCUCUUUACACCAAACAGGGGUUACAGGUAGCGAUGGAGGUAGAUACCUAGAAUCAAAUCUGACAUUUUUCCAGCUCAGGCCUCUAGAUUGUGUAAUAUUAAAGAGAGAACAUCACUGCCUGAAUUUAGCUUUGUGACUACAUGAGCAAGCCCUCUUUGUCCUGUCUGGAGACGACUGUUAAUAAUAGCAUCUUGUCAUUUGGUUUGCUCUCUAUCAAUCUGAAUAGAUGUUUACAUGGACCGUGAUGACCAUUUUAUCUUUACAGUUCUGUACAAGUCCAUCUGAGUCCAGACGUGUAUCAAAUGUGUGAGGUUUAUGACCUUAUUUAGAAAUGUUUUCUUCCCUUCAUAGCAAUUUAAUUUGUAAAACACCUUUAAGGAACAAGGCCUUUUAGUUUCCUUAUGAGAUGUAUUAUGUCUCAGGCAAACUGAGAGAUAUGUUUGGGAAAUCUAUAAAGCCAUGAGAGCAUUAAUUGAACAAUUUAGAAUGAAGAAAAUGAAUUAAAAAGUUAAACAUAAGUUUGGCUUUAAUUUUUUUUUUUAUUUUUAAUUAGGAUAGCCACUAAAAAUUUUGGGCCGACUGUAAAGUACUUGUUACACACUGUGAUUAACUUGUCUAUUUCUUGUGAGUGUGUUGAUUUGAUGGAACUGCCAGGGCCACUGACUCCAGUGCACAAGGAAAAUAAUUUCAUUUCUUUUCAACUAAUAAAUGAUAACCUAUGGGUUCUAAAAUUGAAAAACAUCUAUUAAAUUUGUCUAAUUUAUAUAGUUUUCAUCACUGUAAUCAAGACAUCAAAGACAGUCCUAUAAGCAAGGGGAAAUAGUGUUGUUACAUGUUUGUUUUUAAGGAAUAGUUUUCAUUAUUUAUAAGCAAUAUAGCUUAAGCUUUACAAAGUAUAAAAUUAAAGUUUUCAUUCUAAAUAUUAACAAAGUUCUUUUUAUAGCAUACCCAAAAUAGUUUUUCACUAAGUUCUUUUGAGUAUUCCUUCGUAGAUUAUUAGGGGUAUUUGAGAAGCCUAAUGUGACAGCCACUCUUACUUCGAAAGAUCAAAAUUAUAUUGAUUCUGAUUUUUUUUUCUAUUUCCUUUAAGUUCUACUCAGUCACACUUUCUUCUACAAAGCUGAUACCUGCAAACACUUUUUCCCUCUUGAGUAUGCAUUGUGAUUGUCUUCAUGAAAAACAAGAUGUGACAAACUCAUAGUCGUAUAUAAGUGAUCUGUCUUGAUCCACAUUGAUUAUACAUGCAUGGUUAAAGGAAAAGCAUGUAUAUUAGGUAAUUAAUCAUUUAAAUAAUAAUUUGGAUAGCCAACAAGGUAUUUUUGUUUGGUUGUGCCCCACCACAUGCCCACUUUUUGUGUGUGUGUGUUUUUUUUUUCUUACAAAUUGGCAGAGAGCCAUGAAGUAUUCAUAAAUGUUUAAUCAGACUAGUUGAUACUUUUUUAUUUUCAAAAAAGACUUUACAGUAGUAGUGUUAUAGCUGCUUAAUUUAGAGCCAAAGGACAUUGUCUGAAGAGACCAUACCUGCCAGUGACUCUUUUGAUUUGUUCAUAGAUGAAUGCUACACACUGUCACCUUAACUAAUCUUGCCAUUGCUUUUUACUUUGCUCUUGAAUUAAAAACAAAGCAAACCAACGUAGAAUAUGCCCUUGGGAAUCAAAGGUCGUGUUGAUUUCUCCUUAAGAUCAUUGCCCUUUUUUUUUUUUAAUUGUUGGUAGAUUCAGUUGGUCAGUUAUAUUUAAGUCCCUAUAAAUCAGCUAAUUAGAGAUUCUCUUUUAAAUUUUUUCUUGAAUAGACUUGUCAUGGAGCUACGUGUACAUAACUGUACAAAAUCAUUUUUGUGUCAUUGAAUGGAGCAGUUUACCUCUGCAUGAUUGCAUUAUGGAAGCCUUUUAUAUAUCUUUAUAUUUUUCAAUAUACUUAGAUUUUACAAUAUUGGUCGCUCUAGUCAUGCUAUAUUUGUUUUUUUUAAUAGAAUUUAUAAAUAUUUAUGCUCAAAAUACAGAUCAACUAAAUAUUUUUGGUCUUGUUUACAAGAUAAUACUUUAAAGUGAUACAGGCCCCUCAAGUGUCUUAGGAAACAGUCAUUGGUGCUAUAAAACCUUUCAGUGUCAUUGAGUCUGUUGUUUAGUCUUUGCUAGGCUUUAAUCUACUAUCGCUUACACUUUAGCUAGCAGCAGAAUUAUAAAGAGGUAUUUGUUAGCGCUGGGGUAAGAGCGCAACCCCAUUAGAGAACACCUAAUAAUUUAAGAAAAUGAUGCAGAAUGACUGUAUCCUUAUUUGUGCCCAGCUUCUCCCAAAAGAAAAUAGUUUAUUUUGAUAAGAGGGAGGCUAUUAAUUUGAGUAGCAUUUAAAAAUGAUAUGCUCAAGCAUGUUUUCCCCUCAUAUUUGAAAUGGAAAACUUUUCUAGUCCUAAAAUUAUGAAAUUUUACUUUGCUUUAAACUCUCAUCUGUCCUUCCCUCAACUGAAGGCAGAGUAUUUCGUACAGGUAUUUACAGAAUAUUUGCUGAGUUAUAAAGAAAAGAGUUAUUACAUUGUACUCAUUGUACUAGUUUUCCAUUCCUGUGUAUUUGUCGUCCUGCCCCCAGAUUUGAUUCCAGCACUUAGUGGAUGUUGGUGAGACACAGGGAAGCGUCAGCAGAGCAUCCUCCUCUAUGCUUUCUUUUGAUUCUCAGAAUCCAAAACCUGCUUUGAGUGUGAUGAUACUUCAGAACAUACUGUCUGGCACAAGAUUUCCUUUAAUAAGUCAUUUAUUUUAACUCAGUUUCUAUGAACUGUUAUUGAAUCUGAAAACACCAAAGGAGUCUUUUCUUGUCUGAAGACUGGGUUGUUCCAGUGGUUAGCACCUGUGCCCAUGAUUAUCCCAUUUCAUGAAUGCGUUGUUGGCAUGGGGGUUCCCUGCUCUUUGAGAGGAGCAAAAGUAACUGGUUAAGCUGUAGCAGCUUAUUUUUAAAAGUGAUGAUAAAACUUGAACUGAAAAAGGUAAAACUUGAACUAGAAAACUACUCUUGUAUGCAAAGAAUGUUUAUAGUGAAUGUGUUUAUGUGGGUUGUCAACACUUCUAUUAUUUAUAGUUGAAUUAUGUUGUUUAUUAAAUAUCCAUGUUUAUUAUUUUUAUAUUUUGAAAUUUAAAAAUAAAAUAGUCUUAAUAAAAA